AUGAAGGCAGCCCUAAUCUUCCUCUGCAUUUUGGGAAUAGCCUGCGCCUUCUCGGUGAGUAAAAUCAGCAAUUAUUUACGUAGCACAGGAUGCAUUGUGAGCAUCUACUUCAAUGACACUUAUCACUACUGUUUCUGAAGGGUACUGACCCUUCCAUUCUGUGUUCUUGCAUCUAGCAAUUGAAUUCCCUGCCAGAUGGCCCUGCCUGCUGGCGGACCGUUGAAAUGCUACAAGAAAACUCUGUGUAUAUUGGCAAUAUGCCUGUCUCUUGCUCAGGUCACACAGCCAUAUGCAAACAGAACGGUUGUGUGUGUGGAUAAGUUGGCAGGAGGUCCCCAGUGGGGACUGGUCAUGGAUUGAUGUCCGAGUUGCCUAGCCACAGCCACAACCACAAAAGUCAUGGUUGAGGAGAAAGACAUACCAAUAUCAUUCAUGAGACAAAAUCAAACAGCUGCCGCUUAGCAUCCAAGGAAGAAGUGUACAAGGAGCCUUCCCAUUCGGCUCCAGGGGUCCUCUGCUUCUCAGCUCCAUCUCUUCUCCUUGACUUCUGAAAUAUACUCGAAGUCAAGAGUGGAUUUCAUGCUCUUUAUCCAGCUUAUAAUAGUGAGGAAUAGAAGUUCCCCCAAAAUGUCUGCUUUAUAUACAUUAUUUACAUAAUGGGCCCCACGUGAUUGGCUAAUUCUGGGAUUCUCCUGUAGGCCAAUCAGGUUGCGGAUUCACUUCCACCUGGAGUUGGAUUGGGUGGCUCCUGUGGACCAAUCAGACUGCUGCAUUCUGGAUCCUAUUGUUCUAGGACCAAUCAGACUGCUGCAUUCUGAAUCCUAUUGUUCUAGGACCAAUCAGACUGCUGCAUUUUGGAUCCUAUUCAACUCUACAUAACUCUCUCUCUCUCUCUCUCUCUCUCUCUCUCUCUGAGAGAAUAAAUGGGUGAUGGAUGAAUAGGAUGCACUUGUGUGUCAAUUUGAAUAGAUGGAUGGGAGCUGCUGCUUUGCACCCCCGUGAUAAAUAACCCCCAAGGGAAUGUGGCCUUUGGGUGGGUGGGUGAAUUUGUAUCCCACCUAGAGCUUGGAUUAUUUGCAGUUAACUCACAGAAGUGAAAAUAUUGCAUCCUUUAGGAAUGCAAGAUAAUUCCACUGGAAAUGGAAAUGUGACCAGAAAUUGCUGCAGUUCACAUGUUCAUCUGAGGUUUGGAACCGAAAUCAUGAAACAGAAUAUAAGUGAAAUUGGCCCCGUCUUUUCCAGUCUGCAAAUGUUUCUGAUGUUUCCCUGCCAGUGAAAUGCAUUGAAAUUAAUUACAUAAUUGAUUUGAUUGCUUUUGGCCACAGCAAAUAGCAAGGUGAAUAAUGUAGGUUGUAGAAGAAGCUGAACUGCAGCAAAAUGGAAGCAAUGCUGGUGGCAACAACAACAACAACAACAACAACAACAACAACAACACAGGAUAGGGUAGAAAUCUCUGGCUUCUUAUAUCCCUAUACAGUGGUGCCUCGCAAGACGAAAUUAAUCCGUUCCGCGAGUCUCUUCGUCUUGUGGUUUUUUCGUCUUGCGAAGCACGGCUAUUAGCGGCUUAGCGGCUUAGCGGCUUAGCGGCUAUUAACGGCUUAGCGGCUUAGCGGCUAUUAACGGCUUAGCGGCUUUAAGAAAAAGGAAACAAACUUGCAAGAACUCACAAGACGUUUCGUCUUGCGAAGCAAGCCCAUAGGGAAAUUCGUCUUGCGGAACGACUCAAAAAACGGAUAACUCUUUCGUCUAGCGAGUUUUUCGUCUUGCGGGGCACCACUGUACAUAGUCCAUUGUACAGUUUAGAAUGAUAUACCAGUACUUCUUUCUCUUAUCACACUGCUGCUCUUUUCUAUAUCCCAUCCAACUCCAUCCUACAGAUAUAAAGAGAGGUCCAUCCCACUACAGAUAAUGAGAGAAAGAAAGGAUAACUGUGUUGGUUCUUUGCUCAGCAGGAAUAGCUUUGAUCUAUGAAGGCCAAUCCUGCAUACAUCACUAGGUGUCACUCUAGUGUCGUUGUUUGGGGUGUGUGUGGUGGUGGGGUGAAGCUAAAGCAGAAGCAAACUUUAGUGCAACGUAUGGACAAAAUACAAUUACUACAACACAACCCCAGAUCAGAAGCCUGAAAGUGGGGAAGGAAUAAAGAACACUUUCCUUUCUAUUGUGGAUAUGUGUUUCACCUAGGAAUCACUAAGGCCUGCACCCAAACCCAUCUAAGCAAGCAGGGGGGAAAAGGAAAAUCACCACCGCCUUAAGUAAUCUCUUUUUUUCUUGCAGGUAAAAAAUUUCAGAAGAAGAUUCAAAGCAGAGGAUUCUGAAGAAAAUGCAGUAUGUUGUCAACUAAAUCAAAUUCUCGGUUCAGAAUGAAAUGUGUUGAUGCUUUCCUUAAAUUCAACAGCUGAAAUUCUUUUAUCUUUUUUCUGACAGGUAUUCAAGAACAGAUAUAGGUAUUUUCUAUAUAGGUACCCCUACCUCUACCCACCUGUAAAGAGAUAUCAGGUAAAUGCAAUUCCUUUUCAAAAUGUAAGAACCAUUACUGAGACACAAAAUAAAGGCAAAUACAGACGCUGAGUUAGAGGCCUUUUUGAGCCUAAUUAAUUAUUAUAUGAUGGCUCUAGUGUUUUGCCUCUGUGUAGUAGCGAGUGGUGUCCAUUGCGAUUGGUGUGGCGGAAUGCUAGGAGGCCAACAGUAGGAGAAGUCAGAGCCAAUAAGAGGCACAGACAAGAAAUUAUUGUUUUGCUGUCAUUCUUCUCCCUUCUGAGUUCUAUAAUGGCAAUCCUGAAAUUAAGGAGGAGGAAGCCACAGCUACUGCCACCUUCUGGAUUGGAUGUAGGUAAGCAGGCAGACAAGUAGGAGUUGGCUAAAAGCAGAAUGAGGUUGCUUGAACAGUACACCAUUCCAUACCAUUCGACAUUUGUCCAAAUAAUAAUAAUAAUAAUUUUAUUAUGUAUACCCCACCCAUCUGAUUGGAUUGCCCCAACGAUUCUGGGCUGCUUCCCAGAAAAUAUGAAAACAUAAUAAAAUAUUAAACCUUAAAAUCUUCCCUAUACAGGGCUAACUUCAGUUGUCUUCUAAAGGUUGUAUAAUUGCUUAUCUCAUUGGUUCGGGGGUCACAUAACUCCAGUUCUUUUUUUUCUAAAAAAAUGUUUAGGGGUACAGUCAUACCUCGGGUUACGAACGCUGAGGGUUGUGCGUUUUUGGGUUACGGACCACACCAAACCCGGAAGUACUGGAAUGGGUUACUUCUGGGUUUUGGUGCUUACGCAGAAACACAAGAUGACGUCACAUGCAUGCGCAGAAGCGCCAAAUUGCGUCAUGCGCAUGCGCAGACGCGGCGCUUCAGGCUAUGAACACUGCCGGUUGCGAACGUGCCUCCCGCACGGAUCACGUUUGCAACCAGAGGUAUGACUGUACUCUCGUUUUGACUCAAGAAAAUCACCAUUUUAUAGUUCAAAUUGGGGAAAAUAAAUACAGUAAAUGGACAAAAGUACAAAGAUUCACAAAAUGUUUAGGGGUAUGCAUACCCCCCAGGAAAAAAAGCACUGCAUAACUCUAUGCUCUCCAACAUUUCUCUGAUGAAAAUAAGGAUGUCCUAAGGAAAAGCAGGACCAAAUCAGAAACCAGGGCUGUCCCUGGAAAAUAGGGUCUGCCAUUCACCCUAAUAGACCAUCUCCAUCUAUGUGUAGCCCUCAGAAAUGACAUAUAAAUCACAGAACCACGAAACCCACAACCCCUAUGUGAAAUCCCUUUUGUAAUUUCAGGUCCUUGCCACAUACACCGCAAAAAAGGUGUGUCUGUGUGUUUAGAAUUUUGGAAUUUUAAGCUGGUCCCCGUGCUGAUGGCCCAGGGAGGCAGUGCAUGAGAUAACUUGCCUUAUGCCUCUGAAUACAAGUCACAAUAUUUCUUAUAAUAACAACGUCCACUGUAAAGAUAAGAAAAGAAAACAAAACCUUUGCCUGCAGCUAUUCCCAUGGCAGUUUCAUAUGGAGGAGUCUUGAUCAUUGUCCCUUGAAUAGGGAUGGAAGGAUCCCACAAUUUUGGUUCUCUUCAGUAUCUCAUUUCCGCCCAGUCUUAUUCAGUUCUCCACAUUUCUUUAGCAUUUGGGGGUGUGUGGAAAAAAUCCUCAGGAAAUUUCUUUAAGAAUUUUCCUAAUAAACAGAUUUUUGUAUGUCGUUUUGACCAAUGUACACAUUUUUUUGCAAGCCAUUUCUCGUAAGGUAAAGCAUUUUUGCAUGUUAUUUUUACAACUGGAUUUAAUUUAUGCAUACUUUCACCUAAGUGAUAUGCAUUUUUGUAUUAAUUUGUUGGAGAAGUGCAUUGCAAAAUUUGGAUUACUGUGAAUGUCAAAGGACGGCUGUGUUUCAGGUCUCAUAUUGUUUAAGUAAGUUCAGGUUCCCUUUGAAACGCAAACAGAAUUGACAUUGUCCCUCCACCCCUACUCUUGCAUGUAAGAGAGAGAUUCCAGCUGGGGCAGGGGGACGCUAAUUACAUGUUUUCAAGGAUAGCUCAUGCAAGAAGCCUAAAAAUGGUCCUGCUUCUGGGAAUGUUGUGCCGGCAGAAUAGUGGUUUGGCAUGUCUCUUGAGUACAGAGAUAUUUUUGUGCUUCGCUGUGUAGAAGAUGAAUCCUGUUCAUAUCUUUCUUGUUUGCCUCCUCAUAAAAAACAGGCAUGGCUUUUAGGUUAAGGCCAAUAUAGACAUACAACCCAAACAUCUGUAGACUGCUUGGGUGUCUAGGUACGCUGUUCAGACCCCUAACGCUUGUAAUGGGAUAACAUUUCCUAACCUAAAACACAGGAUGCUUCUGCAACAUUCCUGAUCUUUAUAUGGGUGAUAGGAAGAAACUGACAUCUCUCCCCGCCCCCCUUGAGAGCAUUGGCAAGGUGCAGAUUGCUAUGUGAGCUGAGAAGUGUGAUCUAGCCCAUGGCACUAAAAAGGGACCUUGAAGGCAUAAUAUGCAGCUCUAUGGUUGAAGUUCAGUGGGCCUGUCGCCAUAUAAAAAGCCUGCAUGGAAGUCUCUCUGGGCAUCAGAUGUAUGAUUCUAUGAUAAGCUCCUCUGAGCUCUUUGGCUGAAGGUCAGAUGCUGAGCAGCAUCCAUUUUUCAUAAUCCUUGCUUCUUUGUUUAAGUUUAGACGCAUAAUUUUAGAUAGGUAGGUAGGUAGGUAGGUAGGUAGAUAGAUGAUAGAUGAUAGAUGAUAGAUGAUAGAUGAUAGAUGAUAGAUGAUAGAUAGAUAGAUGAUAGAUAGAUGAUAGAUAGAUAGAUAGAUAGAUAGAUAGAUAGAUAUAGAUAGAUAGAUAGAUGAUAGAGAUAGAUAGAUAGAUAGAUAGAUAGAUAGAUAGAUGAUAGACAGAUAGCUAAAUAGCUAGAUAGCUAGAUAGCUAGCUAGAUAGAUGAUAGAUAGAUAGAUGAUAGAUAGAUGAUAGAUAGAUAGAUAGAUAGAUAGAUAGAUAGGCGUCAGCCAAAAAUGUCCCCCUUUGGCUGAUUAAUAUUCUACAACCUUUUAAAUGUGUCUAUGGGUUAUUGUUUUACUGUUUUGUUUUUAAUAAUUACUUGUUUUUAUCCUGUGUUUUAUUCUGUGAACCACCCUGAGCUCUUAUGAUGAAGGGCUGUCUAUACAGUGGUACCUCUGGUUACGAACUUAAUUCGUUCUGGAGGUCUGUUCUUAACCUGAAACCCUUCUUAACCUGAGGUACCACUUUAGCUAAUGGGGCCUCCUGCUGCUGCCGGCGCACAAUUUCUGUUCUCAUCCUGGAGCAAAGUUCUUAACCCAAGGUACUACUUCCUGGUUAGCGGAGUCUGUAACCCGAGGUGUUUGUAACCCGAGGUACCACUGUAAAUCUCAUAAAAAAAGAAAUAACUUUCACAGUAUCAGCAGGACACAGAACAAACCAGAGACCUUCUGGUUUUAAACUUUGAAUGUGGAGCCUCAUAUAUAUAUGCAUAACAAGCAUGUGGACUACCAAGCUCCUUCUGCACUAUAUAUGUAAUUCCCAAAUUGGUUUAACAAUCAAUCCCUUUUCCCAAGGACAUCUGAGAAUAGUAGUUCUGUGAGGGGAAUGGGGUGCCAACAACUCUCAUCACCAUUAACAAAUUACAGUUCGCAAGAUUCUUUGGGUGAAGACGUGACUAUUUAAAGUGGGGUGAUACUGCUUUAAAUGUAUAGUGCAGAUGGGAUUGUUGCUGUUUGGGGGGGCAGGUGUUUUUCUGAGAACUGAAGCUGACCGUUUACAUGUGUAUAAUUCAGCAUUCUGUUUUGUGAUAGAAAUACGGGAAAUGCCUCACAAUUGUAUCUCUUUUUAGUUUAACAGUGACUCAUCCGAAGAAGGCUAUGGUGGUGAUAGUUCAGAAGAGGAGGAGGAAGAAGAAGAAGAAGAAGGGGUAAGAGACAUGUUUGGCAUUGGUCACAACAAACCAAGGAGCAUAAGAAAACAACCAGGAUUGUUUUUAUAGACUGUACUCUGCGAGCGUCCAUGGUGACGAUUACGAACUGCCCACAAGUUUCCAUUCUGGUUCCUCGCAAUAUUUUUCAAGUCUCAAGUCAUCUAAACAAGAAAUAACCCUUAAAGACACAGUGAGAGAUUGUGAGAGCCUAAGGUUUAGAAACAGAUGUGACUUUUGUCCAUUUAUACCAAUGCAGCUGUUAUGGUCCUUAGGCGAACUAUUCAAUAAUAUUUUGUUCUUCAGUACUUGGGCAGGUCAGUUUUAAUCCACCCUCAGGUAUUCUUUUAUAAGGAUAAUCACAUAACUAAAUAAUUAUGAUUUAAAGAAACACCUAGUGAUAUAUACAAUCGAGAUAUAAUCCAAAACCAAUUGGGAGUGCAUUUUGUGAUAUCGGUUUCAUAAUUUUUGACCUGGCAAUAUAUUGCGAAUCAUGAUGUGUGUGAGGACUGGACGAUGUAUCGUCCAAAGCAGGUUUGAAGUCCAUAUCGUGACAUUGGUUUCAUAAUUUUUGACCUGGCAAUGUAUCGUGAAUCAUGGUGUGUGUGUGUGUGUGUGUGUGUGUGUGAUGCAAAAAUCACAAUGUGGGAAAAACCAUGAAGCCAGCCAAUGCCUCUACAUAGCUCCAUCCUUAUUUCAAACAUUGUGAUAUACAUUUGUACCUUGGUUGACGGAUGCCUUGCAACUUGAACGUUUUGACUCCUGAAUGCCGCACACCGGAGUGAGUGUUCCAGUUUGUGAACAUUCUUUGGAACCUGAACGUCUGACACGGCUUCCAUGGCUUCCAAUUGACUGCAGGAAGGUCGUGCAGCCAAUCGGAAGCCACACCUUGGUUGCCAAACAUUUUGGAAGUCAAAUGGACUUCCAGAACGGAUUCCGUUCGACUUCCAAGGUACGGCUGUAUUGGUAUAUUAGAUGUUUAGUUGGUGAUAUAUUGCGAUGUUGAAUACCAGAUAUCACUUCCUACAUCAAGAAAAUAGUUAUGUUAAGGAGGAAGGUUCAGCGUAGCCUUUCCCCUGCUCCUCCGCCUGCUCCCUCAACUGUACGAAGUCUACUCAAUCCACAACCUGGUAGAAUCCAGGAAGGGCUUUCCCACUACUCCUCAGCCCCACUGUAAUCAAUAGGACUUAGGUCUCCUUAAGCCAGUGAACUUUAGUCUUAUUUCCUUUGGAUUGUCCCCAAAGAGCCAUCCACAACAAGACCCACCUUAGUCAAACAGAAAGCAAGCCCAUUGACACAAAAAGGGACAAUGUGUCCACAAGGAGCAAUGGUCCCUGACACAGGUCUGGGCCCUGGCGUAUUUGCAGUGUUGGCUGUUAUGCAUCUUCUCCAUGUUUGUGUUUACCUCAGGACCGUGUUAGCUCCCCGAGAGCCGAUAUAAUCUCCUAGGUAAAUAUGUAUCUUGGUAUACAUGUUAUUUGGGGAACACAUAUUUUACCUGAACAGCCUGGAAUAGCUUCUUCAUUUCAGUACCGUUAUGGUCUCUUGGGUCAAUAUGUGCUUAGACACAAGAGUAUUUAUAAAAAAUGAUUUUUUUUUUGCCUGACUUGGAUGUCAAAAGCUACAAGAGUGUCCUAUUGUACUUUUGGGGCAGAUGUUUUCUCCCAUGUAAAUGAAGUUCCUGCAUGAGAAUCAGAACUCUACACACAUUUGUCUCAAGCCCUGAGCCUUCUGGGUCCACUCUGUUAGGGUGUUGUUUCUAUGAACAGUUAUUGGGGGGGUGGUCUAAGUUAAAUGUAGGCUUCACCAUCUCACCCAACCUUUUACUAUUUCUCUGGUUACUAGAGAAAGCCUUCUUGGCUUUCCCCAAAAAGGCUCUUUCGUAGGUUCUCUGUGUCUUCAACAAUGGGGAUUUACUUCUGAGUAGGGUUCUCCUUGUCACCAUGACAAUUAGCCAGCUUUCCUGAGGCGCAGGCCCUGAGAUUUAGGGGCAGAAUCUGGAAACUAGAGGAUGAGACUCAAUGGAUCACAGUGGAGCCUGGUAGGGUAGGAACAGAGCAGAGCAGUGCCUGGUGACUGAGGGCAAAGGAUGGUACCUGGUGGAUCCGAAUAAGUGCCAGAUUGGGCUUCCAGGUGAAGCAACCUGGUGGCGAGAGUUAUAAGAAACAAUUAUUUUAGGGAGACAAUCACCUUGUUUUGCAUCCUAACUUCUUGCUGUGUGAAUGGAAGGAGCUUCUGGUCAUAGAAGGAGAGUUGGAAGGGUCCCUAAUAAAAAGCUAACCUCCUGUCUUUAAUUAGGCAACCCCCCUUUCUCUCUUAAAGCACUUGGCUUCCCCUAAAGAAUUCUGGGAAUUGUAGUUUCCCCCACCAGAGAGCUACAAUUCCCAGCACCUUUAACUACAGUUCCCAAGUUUUUUGGGGAAAGGAGUUGUCUCUCUUGGCUGUUGGUGGUGCUAAGUCACAAGCAGUCUCUACCCACGUACAAGGGUUUGUGUGAAAGAGUGUACACUUGUUGAUUUGUACAGCUCAGCUGUUGUGUACACAGGCACACAAACUGUACACCCAGUGAAAUUUACAUGUGAAUGACUCCACAAGCAUGCAGCUCAACUAUCUGUGUACACAGGUAUAGACUGUACACUUAUUGAAUAUAUUGUGUGAACACCAUAAAAUGUACCAAAGUGCCUUUAGAAAUAUGUAUUUUAGGAUAAAUAUAUGUUUAUAAAUGUGUACAGUGAGAUAAAGGAUACUGAUAAAUGCAUCUCUUGUGAGAAAAUACAUUCAGAAAUAUAUAUUUAAAUACAAAUUUGCACACAGAUUUUUUUUUAAAUGGCAGAUUCAUGCAAAAACAGGAUGGGAUGGAGAUUCUGAUUCUUCUCUUGAAGAUGAUGGUCAAAACACUAAAACUUCAUAUAUAUAUAUACUUGCUGUAAACUGCCUUGAGGUGGGAACUGUCUUUCCAAAGAAGCAAACAAACAAAUAAUCCUCACAGUUGGCAACCCUAAUUAACAACAGAAUAGGGCUUUAGAGGUAAAGAUCUAUUUAUUACCAGCUCUGCUAGGCUGUAAUUUGCACACAUGAGAGGCAAUUAUCCUGUGUCAAUGCUUUUUGGGGGGUGGGGAGCGGGAGGUCUGAACAUCAGGACUAAUGUUUGCACUGUACCCUCUGUCCAUAAUAUAUUUUGUUGGGAAGCAAUUAGUAAUUAGAAUGGUAUGGAGAAAAGUACUCUAAAACACAAUUUACUGAAUGUAUGUGAAUUAAAUAUAUAUAUAGUCAAAGAGGUGGCGGUGUAAAUUAGGGAUUUUAAAAGGGACAAAGUGGGGAGGGGGAAUUGAAGACAUGUGGGGCUGCAAGUGGGAAAUAGUAGGUAGUUAGCACAGUCAUAGAAUCAUAGAAUUGUAGAGUUGGAAGGGACAGCGAGGGUCCUCUAGAUCUUUUGAAUUAGGUUGCAAAAUCUUACCAAUCCUGGUAAGACUUACAUUACAAGCAGCCCUUCAGGGGUGGAUGGAAAUGCACUAAAUGAAAGCAUUAUAUUUCCCAAUAAUUUUUUAUUGCGAUCUUAAGAAACUUUAAGUCAUUUGAAAACAUGUUCAAAGGAACAAUGGAAAAAUAUCACAUAGAUGCCUCUAGUUGACUGUAGUAGCUGACAGCUGCUACAGGGAUGUGGGGUGCUUCAUUACAUCCCUUCCUUCAGAGCUGUUGCUCACCUAUUUACCUAUCCUGGCAGCACUUCCUUGUUCUUCCACUCUUCUGUCAGGUGCUGACAAGGAUGUAAGUGGUAGAAAUGCAAUACUGCAGUUGAAAGAGGGCUCUUGGGAUUCCAAGCUGCCAUGACAGACAGCUGGAGGCUUCUAUUCACAAGCCUCAGUAUGCAGAAAAGCAGAAUUGUCACUUGCGAACAUUCAGAAAGCACCACUGUAUUUCUCGGAUCCAUCUCAAUGGUUUUGCUACUGGCUGUGUCCAGCCUCGACAAAAGCAGAACCUCAGGAACAUUUAAACAAACAAGAACACUAUAAUUGCUUUUUAUAGAGGUUGUGAUGCUCUCAGAUUGCUAUCCAAAUAGCCAGCCACACCAUGCAAUUUUGCAAGUUCUCGCAACAGAGAAGAAAAUAACGUAGGUUUUUACUGGCACUGCACGACAUCUUAUUUUAAGUGUUUUAACCGCCUGAUCCUAAGAACUGCUGCCCCGGCACAGAAGUACUUAGCUUGCUCUGACCAACAGCAAUGCCAGAGCAAUGCUGCAAAACAUGACGUUAUGCCAGUUUGUGGUGAGGUUGUGCCAGCAUUGGGGGCACUGGUGCCAGUGCAAAUGUUUGAGAUCAAGUUUGAUCCAGGACCUGAGGUUCACUUUCCCAGUUCGCCCUUCAAAUAUCAGAUGCCUUGAUGACAGCUAUAGCAGAAAGUGCCCUAAUCCCCCAUCUCUCAGUCAAACUAAUUUAAAUCUUAAAAUGUGUGUGCAUCCGGCCCAAUCGCCUUCUAAAUGCGGCCCGCGGACGGUCUGGGAAUCAGUGUGUUUUUACAUGGGUAGAAUGUGUGCUUUCAUUUAAAAUGCAUCUCUGGGUUAUUUGUAGGGCCUGCCUGGUGUUUUUACAUGAGUAGAAUGUGCGCUUUUAUUUAAAAUGCAUCUCUGGGUUAUUUGUGGGGCACAGGAAUUCGUUCAUUUCGCCCCAAAAAAUACAGUCCGCCCCCCCCUACAAGUUCUGAGGGACAGUGGACCGGCCCCCUGCUGAAAAAAUUUGCUGACCCCUGCUCUAGAAUAAAUACCAGAUGCUAGUUGUGAUUCCACAAUGCAACAUGCGUGCAUUUGGAUCAUCAUUCCAAUAUUAGCCUGGAAACAUUUUUUUCAAGCUUCGUCUGUUGUUUUUUUUUUAUAAAAUAUGGUUAGCAGUGUUUCCAUUUCAUUUGAUCUGGCAUGUGGAUCUAUCUAUCAGCCGUCUCGUUGUCUGUCUAUCUGGUGGAAUCUGCACGCAUGUUAAAAACGUUGUGAAAAUGCUUUUUUUAAAAAAAAAAUCGUUUUGGAAAAUGCUUUGAAUUCGUUAUAGCUCACAACCACCAUCUUGUGUCACAAUUAUAUAUUGCACUUUACAACACAUUCAAAACGUUUUAUUUGCAGCUGUAUAGCUGAGUCCUCUGUCUCGAUCUCUCUCACACACACCAUGGACUCUGUUGAGCUGGGACGAUUUCAAAGUGGAAGGUAGACAGGUGCUAUAAUUUAUGUCACUUUCUGAUGACAGUGAAGGCUUUUGAGCAUCACAAAGGUCUUCUUCAUAUAGUGCAUAAAGAGCUGUUUAAUGUCUUCUCUAUGCACCAGUCAUAAUCUGAUGUAAUAAUAAUAAUAAUAAUAAUAAUAAUAAUAAUAAUAUAUUUAUACCCCGCCCAUCUGGCUGGGUUUCCCCAGCCACUCUGGGCGGCUUCCAACAAAACACUAAAAUACAAUAACCUAUUAAACAUUAAAAGCUUCCCUAAACAGGGAAGCUAAACAGAUAUUGCACACAUAAGAAAUGGAAGGAGAGAGAGAGUUGCCCAUUCUAUAAACCAGUGUUUACUGCAUCUACUGAAGUUGAAAUUAAUUCUGAUAUUCCUGGUUUUUUAUACAUCUCCAGGGACAGUCAAAUGAAGAAAACAAUGAAGGUGGAAAGGAGAAUGAAGAGGCGACAGAGGCUCCUACUGCAGCAGUGACUGCAGAUAAAAAGGGCACUAGCAAAGCCACACCUCCUAAGCAGGUAAGAUUGGUGGACCUUUAAUACCCCUGCAAUAAAUGGAAAGCUGUACAGGUUGCUACUACCAGCCUGUUGCCUCAAACCAUCCCAUAUAAUGGGGUGCUUUCUUCUUAAUAGCGUUAAGGCAAGUUCCCCUCCCAUUGCAAAUAGUGGGGUGGAGGGGAGAUGAUUCAGAUCAGAACUGCUGUGGGGGGCAAUGGGUUGAAGCUUCCAUCCCUGCUCCCAUGCCAUGGUUCUCAUCCAACUCAGACAGGGGCAUAUCUGUCGUGGUAGCAGCAAAUCUGGUCUUCUAUGGACACAGCAGGGCUUCUACCACAUCCUAUGGUCCUUCAGCAGGUGGAAUGCGGACAUGGGUUUGCACCCUAAAACAGCUAACAUAAAUAGAGUGCAAUGGCAAGUGUAGCCCCCUAGAGCCCUCCAUCUGGCCUAAUGGACUUUUUCCAGGCCACACCUUCUCCUUAGCCACACCCCUCACCCCUCUUGUUUUACCUCUCUUGCUUGGGUGUUUCUUUUUCCAGGACAGGCCCUCUUUUUCAGGGGUAAAAUUUCUGUCCUGGUGGACAUUUUUAAAUUUGCCAAAAUGUGUCUGGGCUAUACUUUCUGGAUGAGACGUAGACGUAACUGGUGGUUGAAGACUUGCUUCCCUCUUCUCAUCUCCUUCCACCCUCAGCAAUAUAUCACAGCUUCUUAUAGCCUACAUAUAGUAGAAGUAUUUAAAAUGAGAGUCCUCUUUUUUUGCUCUUCAAGAUAUGGCAACCCUAAUUCUGAUUGUCUGGAAUGUGUCCCUUCAACUCUAACAAUGGCUCUUGCUUGCUUGCAAGGAGGAUAGAGAGAGGUGUGUGUAGAAGCUAACCUCCUGUAUAAAAGUAAAAUUCAUAUUCAUUUCUCCACCCACUGUAGCUUUUGGGGAGGCAGGAAGGCUGCCCAGAGCAUGUGACAUUAGCCACAGUUCAUAUCUAUCCUGUAGCUUCUUGAGGAAUGCUGCUGCAUUCUGCGUUUUCCUCCAAAUCGCCUUCCAUCCAAUAUGAAAAUGGUAGUUGCUCUCACUUGGCAGUGAAGCCAAAAGUACAUUUGAGAAGGCUGUGGCACAUGCACAGAUGAUAGCGUAUGUGCAGAUGACAGCUUCAUCAGUAGAAGUCUGGGAGGGGUUGCAGGUACGGGGAAACCAAACAGGUAAAGGGCACCAGGUGAGGCAUCCCCAGCCCCUCUCUAGUAUGUACAGCAAUGUGGCAAAUGCAACGUGAAACACAGUGGUGCGAAAACAACCUCGCUGCAUUUUAAGCCGCUAAUCCAGGCAUAGGCAAACUCGGCCCACCAGAGGUUUUGGGACUACAACUCCCAUCAUCCCUAGCUAACAGGACCAGUGGUCAGGGAUGAUGGAAAUUGUAGUCUCAAAACAUCUGGAGGGCCGAGUUUACCUAUGCCUGCGCUAAUCAGAGUUAGAAACUCAGAUAUAUAUGCUAGGCUCCAAAUGGCUCCUUAAACCAGGGUUACAGUCACCAAAACGGAAUGCCUAGGGGGCAUUUUGGGGGCAGAUAGUUCGAAAGUCGUAUUUUUCAGUACGACUUUUUGGUUCCUGAAAUUCAUUCCGAUUGUACAAUACAGGUGGAAUAUAACGGAUAGAAUUCUACAGGGUGUGUUGCUAGUGUGUGAAAACAGUCAAGAUGCAAGAAUUCCCCAGGCAUGCACCUCCAUAUGGUGGAGACGUCAGGCACCAUCCUGGCGCCCAGGCAUCUUCACUUGGUUGCACGUGGCCAAUAGUAAAAGGUAAAGGGACCCCUGACCAUUAGGUCCAGUCGUGACCAACUCUGGGGCUGCAGUGCUCAUCUCGCUUUACUGGCCGAGGGAGCCAGCGUACAGCUUCCAGGUCAUGUGGCCAGCAUGACUAAGCUGCUUCUGGCGAACCAGAGCAGCACACAGAAACGCCGUUUACCUUCCCACCAGAGCGGUACCUAUUUAUCUACUUGCACUUUGACGUGCUUUCGAACUGCUAGGUUGGCAGGAGCAGGGACCGAGCAACGGGAGCUCACCCUGUUGCGGGGAUUCAAACUGCCGACCUUCUGAUCAGCAAGUCCUAGGCUUUGUGGUUUAACCCACAGCGCCAACCGCGUCCCUUAAGUGGCCAAUAGCCAGGUGCAAAAUGUGCCUGGUGAAUUUCGAACGCUGCUGCUAAUAUAUACACGGUCAAAGUUGUAUCAUGUAGAGGGUUAGACAACUCCUGUUCACUGCUAUUUGGGAUCACAUGAGGGCAUGGUAUGUUGAUUAGUGGGAAAAGUUGUUAUACUAUGUUCCUAGCUUUCAUAUUUUGGAUUGAUUGCCUUGGAUCACCUACCUCCAUUCUAAUUCUGGGUUUUCUCCCCCUUCCUGCCUCCCGCAAUAUUUGAUGUGUCCAUGCAGGGCCCCGUAAAGAAGGAGCCCCUGGAGAAACCUGGAAAUGGAGGAGCAGCUAAAAAGGGUGAAAAGGACAAAGCUCCCGAAAAAGGAGGGAAGGGAGAGGAAGACAGUGACGAAGAAGAAGAAAACGAAGAGGAGGAAGAAGCAGAGACGGUGGACGAGAACGGAAGCGGCAUCAACGGCACAAGCACCAACAGCACCGCAGAAGAGAACGGAAAUGGCGGCAAUGGAGAAGAGGAAGAGGAAGAAGGGGAAGAAAACGAAGCGACCACCGCCGUUCCGACCACCCUGCUCCCCACAGUCCUCCCCACCACGGAGUAUCAGGACCAAUAUGAAACCACCACGGAGGACCAGUGGCACUAUGACACGCCCUCUGAAGAGCCAUGGCCAUACGAUACCACCACCACCGGUUAUGAGAAUGGCUAUGAGGUUCAAACAGAAUACUACGCGAGUGAGAAUGGGCAGCCCCGAGGGGAUACUUUCAGAGCCUAUGAGGACGAGUAUAGCUACUACAAAGGCCAUGGGUACGACGUCUAUGGCCAAGAAUACUACUACAACCAAUGAGGAAAAGAAGCCGUCUCUUGGCCUGCUUAAUGUUUUUGCAAAUGCUUACUCAGGAAGUAUCACAAUAUAACAUGGUGCCUUAAGUGAGAGUGGAGGUUGCUGUCUGUUUUUACUGCUAACUAUGAAAAUGUAUUCUUUUUGUCUGGUGUUUUUUUUUAAAUAACUGUUUUUGUUGCGCUUUUGACCAGUAUUCAUGUACCCGUUGUGGACUUUUUGUAGGGUUUGCAGUUUUGUUUUUAGAACGGUUCGGAAGUGUGUCAAAUGGAGUUAUUGUCAAACUGAAGUGUGUCGUAUGCUGUACAUGCUCUGCCCCUGUGUUUCUGUUAAAGUCAAGAUGAGUUUUGAAACAUUGUGCAGGCUGGAUUUGCUCUAAGUAAAG